CAUAUAAGCCUUGUUGGCCCCUCUUACCUUUAUAUAAUGCCCGCUGACUCCCGCUUUUCUUCCUUUCCCUUGACGGUUGCCACUUCUGUACAAACUCUCGCCCAAUUACAGAAGUAAAUAAUCACGACCAGUCACGCUUUCGCCCUAACCCUUAACUGCCACCUUCAACUUCCAACCUUCACUACUACACUCUUCCCGCCAUCGACUACUACUUCUUUCACCAUGUUGCUGCGUUUCCUGUCUCUGACAGGCGCGCUCUGUUUAAGCAGCUGUGCUGCGUUGUCUCUGCCCGAGCAUAAGGUCGAACUGUCCGGGCUGGAUCCUGAGUUUCGAAGCCGAAUCAUCUCCAACGCCCGUCCAACAAACGUGCCGACCGCUCUUUGUUCAUUCUCAGAUCCUGAAUGUUCGAAAGACAUUGAUCUUCAUUCCCAUCUGACCCUGGACUUCUCUACGGAAAAUGGCACCCUCCUCGCCAACCAUGACCCGAUCUUCCCACCUACUUUCCCAAUGCGAUUUCAUGCAGUCCGGCAUUUCCAAUCGGGCCGAGAGACGGUCGACUUGGCCUAUGAGCUCGAUGUCCGACCCAUGCCGUCACGCCCAGACGAAGAACUCGGGGGCGUCUUCCUUUUGAAACUCAGACUGUUUGACCUACAAGGGCGGCCCGCCUCCGAUCACCUCGUCACGAUCACACUGACUCAAGACUCGGACGGAAACCUCCAAAUCACUCAACUUGAGACCAACCCCAUCCUCGGCCAUCACCACCACGACGGACCACCAUCAUGGAUGGCCCAAUUAACCGCUAGCCUUCAGGCGAUGAAGGACGCUGUCAAGGACUGCAUGCACGGUCCGGGAUCGAAGCAUCCGACCGUGAGACCCCAGCAUGGCCACAUGCAACCUCCAGUCGACAAGCACCACACGAUCGCUCCAGAGCAUCACCGCUAUCACCACAGGCCCGGCUACUGGGCCGGUCGGGAGAAGAACUUCGGGAGAUUGAUGCGCCCGGUCGUCAUGCCCGCCCUUCUAGGUGUAAUGGCCGGAGUGGUUGCGUGUAUGGUUGGAUUUAUCAUGGGCAAAAUCAUCAUCUCAGUGUUUUACUGUGUUCGGGGUUGCAGGAAGCAGAACCAGAAGAAGGCUCAGACUGCUAUUCCCCGGAUAGUAGUGUUGGACAGCGCUCCCAGUGAAAAGGAGCGUUUGUUGGCGAUGUGCGAUGAUCAGUGUUGACCAUACAUGAUACGAUCUCUUUACUCUCUUUACUUCCCUUUUUUUCUUUUCAUAUGUUCUUUUUCGUCGGAUAGCAUAUAUAUACCCAAUGUAACAUAGACUUUUGAUGACUACACUUUUUACACAAUAACACUCGAACAUAAGCCCAUU